UGGCUCAUUUAGCUGGGAGCCGUGGAACAGCGCUGGGUGGCACAGCUGGCUGGAUUCCAGUUUGAAGUCUGUUAUCGGCCAGGUGGGAUUAAUGGGAAUGCGGAUGCCCUCUCCCGAUGGCCGGUGGGAGCGGUGUCGAGAGAGGGGGAAGAUGAAGAGGACGGUAUCCUACCGGAAGGUGGUGGAAGUAGAGUGGCUCCCGCAGUAGUGCAGGCAUGUUUGCAAGCAUUUGUUACAGCCCCGCCAGACAGCCAGUUACCAGUGAGGGUGUUAAUGCCCAGAUGGAGACCGAGGGACUGGGAGCAGGGAUGGUGGAGGAGUGGAUGGCAGCCCAAAGAGGGGAUACAGCAAUGGCACGAGUGUGGCUAUAUGUGGACAGAGGAAAAGAACCUACCCCGAGAGAAAGGGUGUCUGAAGAUGGACAGGUCCGCACACUACUGCGUCAGUGGGGUCGACUUUGUGUUCACCAAGGACUACUUUGUAGGGAGGUGGUGGACCCCAAGACAAGGGAGGAGGUCAAACAGAUUUUGGUGCCCUCCUCUUUGCGGAAGCGAGUGAUGGCGUGGGUGCAUGAUGGAGCGGGCCAUUUGGCUGUGGAGAAGGUGGGUGUGAUGGAGUGGGUGCAUGAUGGAGCGGGCCAUUUGGCUGUGGAGAAGGUGGGUGUGAUGGAGUGGGUGCAUGAUGGAGCGGGCCAUUUGGCUGUGGAGAAGGUGGGUGGAGUCGCAUGGAGACGAUUUAUUUGGCCAGGGAUGUACAAGCAAUUGAAGGAGUAUUGCCAAAAGUGCGAACGGUGUGGCUUAAGGAAGACGCCAACCGCUAAAGUAUGUGCCCCGUUGGUCCCAAUUAAAUCAAUGUAUCCCCUUCAGAUGGUGUCGGUGGACUUUCUGAGCCUGGAGGCAUCAAGAAGUGGAAUGUGCUGGUCAUAGUGGACCAUUUUACACGGUAUGCGGUCGCAGUGGCCACUCUGGACCAGACGGCGGUGAUAACGGCACAGGCCUUAUGGACCCAUUUUAUUCAGCCAUUUGGGGGGUUUGAUCAAUUACACUCCGAUUAGGGUCCAAAUUUUGA